AUGGCGACUUUGGACACCAAGACGGCCGCUCUUCCUCCGGCAUCUGCCCCCGCGCUGCAGACUGCAGCCGCACCGCCCUCACCACCACAUUCGUCAGGCCGCGAGACGCUGCCCAAGCCUUCGAUAGACGCCCACGACAACACAACACCGCCCUUCUCGCCGGCCAGCGACACGCCAGUGCUCCAGAAGGAGCAGGAGGAGUUUGAGGGCACAGUCAACGUCAACAACGAUCUGCCCAGCGACAAGGACCUCAGCAAGGUCGAAGACCUGCUCAUCCUUGAUGCUGCCGGGAAGAGCCGGCCGUUCAGGGAGCUCUACGAUGCGUCAGGUGUCGCGCCCCGGCAGCUGGUCAUCUUCAUCAGGCACUUUUUCUGCGGAAACUGCCAGGAAUACCUGCGCACACUUUCCUCGUCCAUCACCCCCGAAGACCUUCUCGCUCUCCCCACGCCAGCCUCCAUCACCGUCAUUGGCUGCGGUCGCCCAGAGCUGAUACCCAUGUACACCGAAGCAACCGGCUGCCCGUUCCCCAUCUACGCAGAGCCCACACGCAAGAUAUACGACUAUCUAGGCAUGACACGCACCUUCGACCUCGGGUCAAAGCCCGCGUACAUGCAGACCCACGUGCUGAUCAACAGCGUGCAAUCGAUAUUCCAAGGCCUGUCCACGGGCCGCAAGGCGCUCAAGGGCGGCGACUUCAAGCAAGUCGGUGGCGAGUUCCUCUUUGAGAACGGCAAGUGCACAUGGGUGCACAGGAUGAAGACGACAAGAGGCCACGCCGAGGUCUCUGACAUACGAACACUCCUCGGCCUCGACGACAGGCGGCCGCCCAUGCGCAAACGCUGGAGCCACAGCAUCAAGCAGGAAAAACAGCAGAAAAGGCAGAGCAUGAGCUGGGGGCGACUGCGGAGCAAAAGCAAGGGUGCAAAGGAGCUGGAGAAGAGCGGCAGCACCACGCCGGAGCGGGUUGAAGAGGAGGACCCAAGUAAGUGGAUCGGGAGGACAACGGCGUAG